AUGUGCCAUGACCAGGAAUCGAACUGUGAUAUCCUGGAUCCUUUGCGCUGAGCCACGCCCAGCCGGGCUAAUGGCCUAGAUUUAAAUUUGAUGAUAGUGUUAGGAAAUUACUCCUUUCCUAUAAUCGUCCUUCUUAAAUAAACAGUAGAAUUUCAAGCCAUCGGUAUGUACAAGUGUUAAUGCUGAUGUAGAGGAACAUUAAUAAGGACUAUACUGAUCUUACCUAUGCUGUUCUACUUCUGGGUGUGAUUUUUCCUAAAUAAUAGUAGAGAUGAAGCUUAAGCAGUCACAGGUAGUACCUUUUACUUUAAAAAAGGGCUUAAUUGAGCAUGUUGAAUAACUUGCUUUAAUGGAAUAUAGUUGUAACCUUUGCUCUGUAUCCCUCUGUUGUUUAACUGACUCUGUUUUCAAUAGGUUUGGGGAAGAGAGUAUGAAUCGACUAGUAAGAUGGAUGCAGAAACACAAGAUUCCAUUGGAUGCUUCAGUGCUUGAUAUUGGAACUGGAAAUGGUGUUCUCCUGGUUGAACUUGUUGGCAAAGUGUGGUUUCUCUGAUGUUACUGGCAUUGAUUACUCUCCUUCAGCGAUACAGCUUUCUGGGCGCAUCAUAGAGAAAGAAGGGUUAUCUGACAUUAAGUUGAAGGUAGAAGACUUUCUGAAUCUUUCCCCAGAGCUGUCUGGAUUUCAUAUUUGUAUUGACAAAGGGACUUUCGAUGCCAUAAGCCUCAAUCCUGACAAUGCAGCUGAGAAGAGAAAGCAGUACGUGGAAUCUCUCUCCAGGGUGUUGGCAGUGAAAGGCUAUUUUCUAAUAACCUCGUGUAAUUGGACCAAGGAAGAGCUGCUAAAUGAAUUCAGUGCAGGAUUUGAAUUUUUUGAAGAGUUGCCAACACCCAGGUUCAGCUUUGGAGGCAGAUCUGGAAACAGCGUAGCCGCAUUGGUUUUCCAAAAAACGUGAGACUUUUCAUUGGAUGAAUUCAGAUAGACUUUAAAGAAGCUCUCCAUCCAAGUAAACCUGACGCAGAAAAUGCAGGUGCAGAUAAAUGCUUAGUAAGUACACAGGAUGCACACGGUGAACAGAUACAAGAAAUCAUGGGCAUGCAAGCGGUUGGGUGUUAGAGAUCAACCAAAAAUAAUUUCAAGUGUUCUUUUGUAUUUGACAUGUAAAUAUUCUCCUUUUGAUUAAAAACAAUUUCCUGUACCUGCUGGAGAGUUAAAAACUUUAAAGCAGUAAAUGAAUUUAUAGAAA